AUGCAGGCGUUGCAGAUCUCGGGCUGUCCUCAAUCUCUCGCCGCUGCUCGGUUCAGUAGCCGUCGCAGGACGAGACCUCCGGGCGGAGUCUCUGGGCUCGCUUUCGUGGUGUGUUCCUCAGCGGAGCGCAGGGUCCCAGGAGGGAGAAAGAUAUUCGUGUUCGGAAUGGGGUUCGUCGGCAUCCACGUCUCCCGCCGGCUGAGGGAAGAAGGAUGGUGAAGUCGUAUUCCGCCUCCCACAGUUUCUUUGCUCGAUCUGCUUGCCUUCAUGGUUGGGCCGCUAGGGUUUGAUCUGUAAGAUCCCUCGUUAAAUCUCGAGGGAAACAGGCGAUGGGUUCGUCUGGGGGAUUUACCUCCUCGAGCCGAGUCCAUGGAUAUCAUUUUCUGAUAGAUCGAGGGAAGGAGAGCAUUAUGUUCGUCGGUCCGUGAGUUCUGGUUGCAGUUGCCGCUCAGCCUGGUUGCAGGCGCGGAGUUCUCACAGACGGCAUCUGAAUGCAGGGAAGUUUCAGGAACCUGUACGAGUGAGGAGAAGAAGAAAAAGCUCGAGGAGAUGGGAUUCGAGGCAUUUGUUUUCGAUGCCGGCGAGAAUGAGUAAGCUGAGACCACCUCAACUUGGUUGACUACUUUUUUUAGUCAACGGCGUGCGAACCCAUUAACAUUUUUUGUCAACGGAGAGUGGCGAUAUAAUAAUCUAAGAGGUGGGUUCCUUCUCCAGUCAGUGUCGGAAUCUGCCCAAGUCAAACCCAUGAGCACAGAAGAAGAAGGUCUAACGCUAUUUACUUAUCAAGACCCAAAAAUAAAAUGGUCUCAUUGCUACCAUCUCAGUGCAUUUAGUUACCUCCUUCAAUUUAGAUAUAGUUUGACCCACAACAGUCUGAUAUUAUCUCAUAUUGAUUGCAUUUCGUCACACCACACCAGGCGGCGUGUCAUAGCUUCUCUCCAAACAGACAACGAGCUCAUUAGUUCCCUUCACUUUUGGUUUGAAAUAGAAACCUUCUCUUCAGACUCCUAAAUAUUGCUUUAAACCUCAUACGUUUUGACUUUCUUUUUUUGCACAUGAAAUACUGAUCGGCGAGCAUCAGCUGCAAUGAACAAUUCAGAUUGUAUCAAAAAAUGAUGGGUUUCCCCAUUUGCAGCUGAUGCAUUAGUCUGUUAUAUGGCGUAAUAAUCUCUGGAACAGUGCUGAUCGGAGAACAUUUUCUGUCAUUUAUUUAGUGAAGAACAUAAUUAUUUUUUAAUUAUUCGAAAAUUCUCAGAUUAUACCGUGGAAUUAUGUCUUGGCAGCUUGGCAAAUGUAAACGCUCUCCAGCAGGCGACUCAUCUCCUUCUAUCCAUCCCUCCCAGCUCAAGUGGAGAUCCUGUAAAUUUCCUAAUAUCCAUCUCGAGAUACCCUCAGCUGCCAUGGGAGAGCCAGAAGAUCUCUUUCCAACCGUGCAAUGACACAUCGUAUGGUGAUGCCUCAUGCAGCUACUUUCUCUAGACGAGGACCUGAGAUCCAAACUUGGCAGUGGAAAUCUUCAAUGGCUUGGGUACCUAUCAUCAACAAGUACGAUUAAGCUCACUCUUUGUGCCCUUUUUUUUUUCUUAUUAAUUGUCUUAGAAAAAAAUCAUAUCGUCUAUUGAAAUAUUACCCUAAACUGCAUGAAAUCAUUGGCUUAUCAGUUCACAUUCGUCUAGGAAUAAGCUUCGUUUGGGUAAAGAUUAUUUAUUUAUAGAAUAAACCGUGCUUGUAUGAUGUAAAGCUGGAUGGUAGUUAAAGCAGCUGAGAAAUUGAGAAAAAUGGGAGUCAACAUGGCUGCCAUUUGGUGUGGAAGACAGAAACCUGGGAGGAAGAAGACAGGCUGAAAGUAUAGCAAACUCCAAGUCAUUGACAGAAGCUUACUCGUCUCUAGAACUCACCUUACUAGUUAAGUUAGCUUGACCACGGGCACAGUUUAGUGGUCUAUUAGUAGGUUACAUGGGUUGAUGUUGGUCAUAAAACAAUGCCAGAAACUGGAAAAGAAUUUGUGAGCACGACAGCACUAAUAGGCUCGAUCGUAGUAGACAACAGGUUCCAACGACGGACUAACCACUUCUUUUAGAAGACGCCCAAUGGAGCAUGAACUCAGAAGACGAAAUGCCAGACGAAGCUAAUCUGUUUGUGCGCUUGCCGAUAUAGAAGAGAAAAGCCCCUCCCUUGGUGCCCUUGUGGCACCAUACAGUGAUCCAAAUGUUUGCAGGCAAGACUCACUGGAUGCACGGGAAGUAACAAUGUGAAGAUGAAUGUUAUCAGGAAGGUGAAAGACCAACAUUACAUGGCGCGUAGAGACUGUUCGAGCUCGUCAAGUGUGUUUCUAUCAAGGAAAGAGGUCCUCCCUAAUGGAUAUGUACUGGUUUAAGCUACUAAGAAACUGUUGAUUUGGCCUGGGGCAAGAUGAAACGAGGGCAUGGAGAAGCUUUGCGAGUAACAUCUGGGUCGGAGGUGGUAGACCCGAAGCCCUGUUGCCCGAUCACAUUCUGUGGAAGAGAAUGAACGCUGGCCGAGGGAAUCUUCAGCCAGUGGAGUCCUAAUGCGGCAGUUUUUCAUACAGAAGCAAUGAGGUUUCAGAGAAAAUGAUGACAAAUAGCUGGAAAGAUCCGCAUUCCCUCAACGCAUUCUAGGUCAUUCAAUACCUGGGUUCUGAUGGAGUUUUGACCAGUUGGCCAUUGCCGUCUGACAGUGUUUCAGUCAACUACUUGGACACCCGAAUAAGAACUCUUCUGGGUUCUCAUUGUUUGUUCAUCUCGUCCUAGAGAACAGUCUUCCUCAUCACUGUUUGACACCAUAACCUUUUGUCCAUCAGCAGCAUGUGCUUCACAUAUGAUUCUUGAAAGGGUUAUCAGACCUUUUAGCUGAAAUCAUUUCAGAUCCUUUUCUUGGAGACUAUUUCACUUCAAGUGGAUAUAUUUUUAUCUGAUCAAGGUUCAGCUGUCUUUUUCUUUCAGGUUACCAUGCUCAUUUGGCUUACAGAGCACUAGAAUCUGUAGAGAGUUAAAGAACUCACCAAGAAUCUUCUGACAGUCUCAUUAAAUUACAGGUGUCUAUGGGGAUUGCGGGGGGGCCUCUGUUGAUGAGGAGUAUGCAGCCUAUAUGGCUACCUUUUUAACAGGGAACUUUAUGAUGGCAUUCUAUUAUUUCUGACAUCAGAAAAUUUUGUCCAGCUACCAACCAAACCCAGCAACCCAAACAGCAAAGGCAAGGUUGGCGGCUGAGCAAGGAUGGCUUGAUCUAGGGCAUGAUCUCGGUGUGUCAGCCUAUGUUUUCCGUCUUGGAGGCAUUUAUGGUCCUGGAAGAAGGUAUGGUCAUGAUUUCUGAAUGCUUUCUCACUGGAUCACAGUAUAGUCCCGAUAUUACCAAAUUCUUGUUAUGCAUGCAUUCAAUUUGGAACCCACUAAACUUAUGUACAUAAAAGCCUAAACUAUGUUUGUGCUGGUGUGAUAUUUUACAAACACGCCCUUUGAAAUUCUGGUCCAACGAAGCCUGCAGAUCUCUCUAUGACUAAAUAGUGAAAGGAUAUUACUAGGGUUCAGUAGAUGCUUCUUAACGUCGAUGCUUUGGCAGGUCUUAUGAUCUUUUGCCCUGAAAGUAGGGUGGUUUGUGAUCUCAAAACUUGAGGAAACAUAUCAGUGAGGCUAUCAUUUUGACUCAGUUAUGGCUCCUGAUUCUGUCAUUAGGGUCACUAGGGGCUAUCUGUUGGAGAGAUUAGAACGACUGAUAUGAGAUUCCCUGAAAGGAUGGCCGUUCCAUAUUUCAUCUUACCAGUGUAAUGUUUGCGUAUAAAGUUCUGAAUAGGUACUAUGAAUUUAAAUAAGCAUUGGAUAGACCUUCUGGAGCAAAAGUUCUGCACUAUGGGCUCCUACUCUUAUCUUAGAACGGGAAUUACUGCAUAUUUAUGUAUAGCCUUUUUUUUUAUUUUUGUGUGAAUUAUUCUCACCUUCACAGUACAAUGCUUCCUAUUCCAGGAAGUUGUUGUAUCCCUAAUGCUACCUGGAACGAGACAGAUGUGGGCCCUCAACUGUGAUCAGAAAAUGACAAAUUGUGGUUGUGGAUAUGGUUCAAGCACUCAACUUAUUAACUUCUUAAAAAUUUAUGCUAUAAUGGAUCACGAUCGUUGGCAUUUAGAAUAAAAAGGGCAAAUGGGUUGUGUCCAGGUCAACUGGCUGGGCCAGAUCACCUUAGGGAGUGAUGUCCAAACUCAGCCCGCAUAGGCGAUGGGUUUGACCAGAACAGUGGAAAAUGGGUGCGUGGUCAACCCUUGAGAGGUCAUUGUCCACUGGUAGAAUAGUCAGGUUCCCCUUGUCAUAAGAAAGCGGAUAUUUUUUUUUUGGUUCCAUCUUCAUGCUUUCGUCCAACUAAACGGGACAAAUCUUUAAAAAAAUAAUACACCCAUUGCUCACAUGGACCCACAAAGUCCCAACGUCAAAUCCUCCAAGGAAAUUGUGGGCCAGAGCUAGCAUGUUGAUCUCAUGUCCUGAGGUGGCACUCCCAAGGGUUGACCUGACACCCUUCUGGGCAAACCCGUGACCCAUGGGUGCUGAACAUGCCUAUCACCUUCUGAGGUGGACUUCCCAUGAGAUGCAUUAAAUAUGAAAAAGCCGAGAAUAUGAAAGUAUGUUUCUGGCAAAAUAAAGCCCUCUAUGCAAUGUUCGUAUGGUCUUCAUAAAGUCCCUCAUCAUAGACUGCAUCUGAGACUAUUACCUUAGAAGGAUAGACCAAAAUCCUCCGAUGAAUGUGCUAGAAACUUAGCUAUCUAUAUGUGUUUAUAAUACUGUUUCCUGGUUCUUCCUGGUUUCCAACCUGACAUUUCAUAAUUAAUUUGCAGCGCGUUAGAUACGCUUGUCAACCUGGAGGCCUUGUCAAAAUAUCAAAAGAUGAGGGAGUCAAGGAAGUACACCGCCCGCAUUCAUGUUGAAGACGCCUAUCAAGCGAUAAAGAGUAGUUUUGCGGCGCCAAAAAGCGGGUAUGAUAUCGUCUUCUUACUUUCCUCUUAUGCCAGCUACCAAAUGCGUCGCCGUUCACGCAAAGACAACAUAAAUGAACAAACAGAUAUAUAACGGAAUAUCAGAACCCAUAAUCCUCGAGGCAUUUGCACAUUGUUCCGAUCUUUUAUGGCUGCGGGAAUAUCAGAAAAUCAUUUUUUUGUGAUUACCAAGUCUUCUAGGCAUUGCAUAGCAUGGCGUUCUUGAAGUGGGAUAAUAUUUACCUCUUUUGACGACCUCAAAACCAUUUCCUUCCAAGAAUGUAUCGUUUGCUCAGCAGGGAUGAUUCCCCGUCCAGUAUAAUAUUAAUCCAGACCUUCGCUGUGGAACAAACAUUCUUCAGAAGUACUCCAAGUUCCUUGCAUUCCUCCUUGAAAUCCCUGGAAAUCUUUUCCCGCAGACACUCUUACGAGUAGCCCUCAUACGGCCUUGCAGGAGAGUAUACAACGUGGUGGACGAUGAUCCCGCUCCGCGAACGGAGGUGUUCUUGUUUGCUGAGGAGUUGAUCGAGGGGAAGUGGCCUGGGAAGGCGAAAAGGACCGGAGCCGAAGAUGCGGAGAUCAGCCAAGAGAAUAAUUCUCAAGGAGAGAAGCGUGUCUUGAACACUCGCCUGAAGGAGGAGCUCGGGGUCCGUCUGAUUCAUCCGAGCUACAGGUCAGGGCUACGGAGCAUCUUGGACUCGUGGAAAUCUCCGCCUCAGCAGAUCAGGUACUUGGAUCUCGGGAGCAACUCAUGA